AUGGAGGGAGAGGAUGCAGGAGGAUCUAAUGAGUUAUCUAUUGCUGCAAAGGGUUUAUUAGGUCGGAAAGAAAGAGAAGAAAGAAUACAAGGAUGGAUUAGGGUUUUGCUUGAGGGUUUAGGGGCCCUAGAGGCAGCACUGGCUAUAGGGGAUGAUAGAGAACAAACAGAUUCUGCUGCUGCUGCUGCUGCAGCAGCAGCAGCAGACCCUGCAGCAGCAGCAGUACUAAAAGAACUAAGAGAAGAACGCAACAAACUUACUACACAAACACAAAUAGAAGAAGGACUCUCCGUCCUACUCCUAGGCCCUCCUAAUGCAGGUAUGAAGCGCUCUAUAGAGGCAGCAAGAGAGAGCGAUGUCCUCCUGCUGCUCUUGGCGGCUUCCCCGCAGCAGCAACAACAGCAGAAAGAGCAGCAGCAAGAGGCGCAGCUGCAGCAUCUGCAGCAGCAGCUGCAGCAGCUAGGGGAGGCAUUAAAGGAUAUAAUAAAAGAGGGAGAAGAAAAGAAGAAAAAACCCCACAUCUUUAUACUUGUUAACAAGACGGAUCUACUAUCUAAUCAAAGCAGCAGCAGCAGCAGCAGCAGCAAGGGAAGCAGCAACAGCAGCAGCAGCAGCGCUUCAUUGUGUGUGGGUAGUGAUCCUCGUACUGGUGCAUCUAGCCAGCAGCAGCAGCAACCGCAGCAGGAUGCAGAAUCCUCAGCAGCAGCAGCAGCAGCAGCAGCAGCAGCAGGGGAUUUGCUGCAUCGUUUAGAUAAUAGUAUAGAUAAUUUGUUGCCAAUUAGUGUUUUGCCUUUUAUUUCUUCUUUUAGGGUUUACGAGGGUUUACAUCAGCGUAUAUUACCUAUUUCUUGUGUUAAUAAACUUAAUCUGCAGCAGUUGCUGCUGUCUAUACAAUCCAUCAGCAGCAGCAGCAGCAGCAACAGCAGCAGCAGCAGCAGCGGGGGAGGAGAGGCAUUAUUCUGCCUACAAAGCGAACGUAUCCUGCUGCAGCAGCUAGAGGAAACCCUCGAGCAUUUCUUAGGUAUAGAAGAAGCUCUUGAAGAAAAAGUUGAAGACCUACACUUCGCCUUACAUUUGCUAAGUAAAUUAAGAGGCAUCAAAUGGAAAACAAGAGAGGCAGUUGAAAUAAUUCAGAAAAAUUUCUGCCUCGGCAAAUAA